AUGCAACGUGUGCUAUGGCUGCUGCUUGUUGCUGCUCUUCCUGCAGUAGCAAUAUUUUCUCCGGUUGUGGCGGCGGCGGCAGCAGCUCCUACCACACAGCAGCUUCGUCGUCCGGGCUGCCCGAGCAAGUGCGGCGAUGUUGACAUCCCCUACCCAUUCGGCAUCGGCGACGGCUGCGCCUGGCCGGGCUUCACCGUCGAUUGCAACCAGAGCUUUAGCCCUCCCAGACCGUACUACAGCAACAUCGAGAUCAUCGACAUCUCUCUGGAUACAGGGGAGAUGCUCAUCUACACUCCCGUGGUCUACGACUGCUACAACUCAUCCAACACCACCGACUCUUCUCUGACGUUGCAGCUCAACAUCACCGGGUCGUCGUUCCUGGUCGCUCCGAAGAGGAACGAGUUCACGGCCAUUGGCUGCGACACGGUGGCGUGGUUAGGGGGCAGGGACGACGGGAGCUACUCGACCGGCUGCAUCACGACGUGUGUGAGCUUGGACGGAGCUGCAGACGACGGUGAGCCCUGCACGGGGCUGGGUUGCUGCCAGGUCCCCUCCAUCCCACCCAACCUUACCACAAUAGUGCUCGAUUGGAGCACUUCCCCCAUUAACCGUGCGUGGAGAUUCAACCCCUGUAGCUACGGUUUCGUGGCUGUGAAAGGCUGGUACCAUUUCAGCCGGCAAGAUUUUCGCCGUGCCGGCAGCAACAUCUUCGUGAACCGUAGUGGAGAAUCAAGUGUACCGACAGUGCUUGACUGGGCCAUCCGGAACAACGGGUCGUGCUCACCAUUAACACGGGUAUCUCCUGCCUGUGUCAGCGCGAACAGCUACUGCACCAACACCACCAAUGGAGAGGGAUACCUCUGCAACUGUACCAUGGGAUAUGCCGGCAACCCCUAUGUCGCCGGUGAAGGCGGAUGCACAAAUAUUAACGAGUGUGAGCUUAGAAGAGCAGAUCCUACUAAGUAUAAGAAACUAUAUCCUUGUUCCUCUUAUAGUAGAUGCCAUGACACCGUUGGUGGUUAUGAUUGUAAAUGCCGGUUCCCAUUUAUUCGAGGGGAUGGUAAAAUUGAUGGCAAGGGAUGCCGCUCCAUAUUUCCCGCACCUGUAGUCGCCGUGGUUGCGACGUUCUUAGCUGUGAUUUUUCUUCUGGGCCUCGUGUUGCUGUAUAAUAUAUUGAAGCGUAGACAGCACUACGUAAACAAUGGUGGCCAAUUUCUAAAGGGUAUGGAAAUCAUUGAAUUCAAGGAGAAGAUCCUGAACAAGAUAACAGAGAAUAAAAAAACCAUACUCGGGGAGGGUUCCUUCGGAAAGGUCUACAAGGGAAUCCAUGACCACCAGCUGGUUGCCGUGAAGUACUGCAAGGCAAAGCGCAAGAUGCGGAUGCUCAGCAAAGUCAUGAUGAGGAGCAAGAGCCAAAACAUGUUAAAAAAAGGUUUUUUUUGGCCAUCACAAGAUUCAUCAAAAGAGCCUAGUCAGGAGAUAGUGGACGAGCUAAGGGUCCAAUCACAGCUCCGCCAUGAAAAUGUGGUCCGUCUCAUUGGGUGUUGCAUUGAGACAGAGGAACCCACGUUGGUUCUUGAGUACCUUCCCAAAGGGAGCCUCGAGAAGUUACUCCAUGGUUCUGAGCGGCAAACUCUCUCGCUGUUGCAACGCCUUGACAUCGCCAUCGGCUCUGCAGAGGCUCUCUCCUACAUGCACUCCUAUCCCUCCCACGGCAUCAUCCAUGGAGAUGUCAAGCCAGCCAACAUUCUCCUUGAUGAAAACCUCAUCCCUAAGGUAUCGGACUUUGGGUCAUCUGAGGUCACGCUAAAACACAAGCAUGCGUGUGCCGACAUGAACUAUAUCGACCCAGUGUCCAUGCAGACAGGAAAAACUACAAUGAAGAGCGACGUUUAUAGCUUCGGUCUUGUGCUCCUCGAGCUCAUCACCCGGAAGAGGGCCAGAUACGGUGAGACAAGCCUCCUAGUAGAAUUUGUCAACCAGUACAAAGAUAGCAAUGCAUGGAGGAAGAUGUACGACCAGGACUUGUCUGUAGAUUGCACGGAGUGCCUUGACAGGAUGGCCGCCAUCGCAGUCCGGUGUCUGGAAGUACCCAACGUGGACAAGAGACCAACCAUGGCGGAGGUGGUUAAGGAGCUUAAGCAGUUGAGGGAUCAAGCAACCACUCGUAUGUCCUAGCUAUAUAUAUAUGCAAUCGUAUGUCCUACAAGCUCUGGA